AUGCCGAAUGCCCUGACCAGGUGUGUAGAAACCUUUCCAGAUUGGCAUGCGGCCUUGCAGUUUGUGAGUUCGACAGCGUGUCAGGCUUAUGCCUGGAUGGACAGCGAUGAUGAGGGCGCAGGGUCUGGAAGCGAAGGCGCCGCUAAGCUCGUCUCGGGCUUGUGGGAGCCUUCGGGUCGGACGCUGGAAGGGCAUGCAGGUCAAUUGCCGGCACUUUCAGGCACACUUUCGGGGACGGCUUCUGCGGUGUCUCCCGGCGAAGUGGAGACUUUGCCGCAGAUGAUCCGCCUAGCAGAGGCUUUCGGCAAGCGGAAGGUUCAGGAGCUGGCAGAGCUACCAGCGGAGCUUGGCGCGGUUUGUGCCGCCGCCGCACGUGUGAAGUACUAUGACCCGGGGCUAUUCACGGAGACGCUGGGACCAGCAAUGAGGAAGUGCCUCCAGGCUGGUCUCAGCUCACUCGGGUCCGAGGCCGAGUCGCGCAGGUUCAGCCUCAUGGAGGCCUUGGAUGUUCUUCGGGCGCUUUCGCAGCUCAACGCGGCCAAGGCGCUCUCGGCAGUGUUCACUGCUGCGAUCAAAGCUAUCGAGGCUUAUGCGAAGAAGGCCGGGGGCAAUGGCGGCUUAGACAAGGGGCAGAUCAAGUUCCUUCGGGAGCUCUUUGUGGCCGCAGGUCGGGAGGAGGAUGUGGCCUUCCUGUCAGAGCUCCGUGCUGCUGCCGGGGGUCAUCAGGGCUCCGUCAAGGAGGGGCUGAACAGCCAAGGGCUGCCCAUGCGCCCUGGCGCCCGCAUCUGCGAUUCCUUCGCGAAAAGUGGCACGUGUCGUUUGGCGGCAAAUUGCCGUUUCGACCACCCCGAGGGCAUGAAGGUCACGUUCAACUCGGAGGGCUUCCCGAUGCGGCCCUGGGCUGCGACCUGCCCGUACUACAUGUCAAUGGGCACCUGCGACUUCAAGCGCAACUGCAAGUGCAGGUGA